GUCUAUAAGGUCAGGAGGCUCCUAAAAAUUGAGCUUUUAAUAAUCCUCUAAAAAAUAAUAAUAUUCUUAGGAAAGUUAAUUCCUUAUUAGAAUCAAAAAGUUUUUGAUUUGAUCCUUAGCAAUGGGACUGAUGUGUUUUUCUAUUUGCUUUAUUUCUUAAUUUUAUGUUAAGUUUAUGGGUCUCUCGUCCAGUUGAAAGAAGGAAAAAUAUAUACCCACGUCAAGUGGUAAUGGAGAGGAGAAGCCUUCUCCAUACACAGGCACCCCUCUUCCCCUUACAAAUACCCCCUAACAUCUUUAAGUCCUCUCAGCUUGAAGCCACCGCUAGCAUGGGCAGCUCCGCCAUUCACAUCAGAGAAGCCGUGGUGGUCACCCCGUCGGAGCCCACUCCAUCCACCAUCCUCCCCCUCUCUGCCCUCGACUCUCAGCCCUUCCUCCGCUUCACCAUUGAGUACCUUUUAAUCUUCAAGCCGCCACAUCGUCAAGCCGGCAGCCACCAGGCCUUGAUCUCAGCCUGCCUCAAGUCGGCCCUUGCCCAGGCCCUCGUGCCAUACUACCCCCUCGCAGGUCGGGUCAGGCCUAGCCCCCAGGGUACACUCCUCGAGGUGGUGUGCCAGGCCCAGGGCGCAGUCUUCAUCGAGGCCGCCUCUGAUCAUGUGGCCGCCAACUUCGAGUGGGCUCCGCGGCACAUAACUCAGUGGAGAAGGCUAUUGUCCCUCUGUGUGCCGGACGUCCUCCAGGGGGGCCCAUCGCUCGUCGUCCAGCUCACGUGGCUCAGGGACGGCAAUGCUGCUCUCGGAGUGGGAUUCAACCACUGCCUCAUCGAUGGGAUCGGAAGCGGCGAGUUCCUCAACUCGUUCGCUGAGUUGGCAAGGCGGCAAGAGCUCGGCGGUAGAGGUGAGUUAACACCCAAGCCUGUUUGGGAUCGCCACUAUGUCGACUCCAUCUGUCCGCACGAAACAUCUCGAGAAUACUCUGGCGCCAGUGCCGCAGCCGGCGAGUUCAGCCAAGUCCUAGACAUAUCUGGGCUCAAUUCCCGCUUCUCGAGCGAGAGGCUCGUUCCUACCGCCGUGGUCUUCGACAGAACCUCUCUCAAUGAGUUGAAGAAGGCUGCUUCCUCCACGUCCAUGUACACAUCAUUCGAAGUCCUCUCAGCUCACGUGUGGAGGAGCUGGGCGAGGUCUCUGAACUUGCCAUCCAACCAAGUCCUAAAGCUCGUCUUCAGCACGAACAUUCGAAACCGGGUAGAGCCGGGAAUUCCCAAUGGCUACUAUGGCAAUGCGUUCGUGCUCGCACGCUUGCAGUCCACCGCGAGGGACCUCACAGAGAAGGGCCUGGGCCACGUUACAAGACUCGUCAAGCGAGCCAAGGAUCGAGUCGGCCCGGAGUACGUGAGGGCGAUCAUUGACUCGGUGAGAGAAGGCAGGGUGGAAGCCGACCUGACCAGCACGUUAGUCAUUUCGCAGUGGUCUACACUAGGACUCGACAGGGUUGACUUCGGGAUGGGGAGGCCGGUCCACAUAGCGCCAAUCUGCUGCGACAGGUACUGCCUGAUCCUGCCGAGGACCGGCGGCCGGCAGGACGGGGUGAAGGUGAUGGUGGCGGUGCCGGCGAGUGCCGUUGACAAGUACGAGCGUUUGGUCAAGAAUACUUCAUGCUCUUGAGGAGUGGAACUGUCUAUUCUCCCGGGGCCUAUGCGUUGACCUUUCAGAACACACAGUUUGACUCUCAAUUGUUUAAUCAUUAUUGUACAUUCUCUACUAAGUUAUUAAUGGUGGAAGUUCACCCCCCCAAACCCAAAAAAAAAGAGAAAAAGGAAAAAAGAAAAAGAAAAAGGAAGUUAUUAACGGUGGAAGAUGAUGGAGGGAGAUUCAUUUCUCCUCUUAUGAUCCGACAAUAUUGAUAGACCCACUCUUCUAUAAUGUAGCAAUAUAUUAGAAAUAAAGAAAAUAGUUCCAUAAAACAACUAUGGACAAAUUGGUACA